GGCCAGCUCUAUAAUAGGCUCCGGUCUGGAGCAGCCCCGGGGCGGAGAGAGGAAGCGCGCAAAGAGGAGGAGGAGGAGGAGAAGGAGAAGGAAGAGGCAGCCAAGGAGGGCGACACGGAGGCCGCGCCUUUCAGGAGCCGGGGUUUCUUCUCCGAGAGAGUGCGAGGGCCCCACGCAGCGGAGGAAGAAGCGAGGCCGCUGCCGCCGGGAUGUUGCUCUCGGCCUGGCCUCGGCCUCCCACCCGCUUCCAGACCCAGGCCGCUCCAGGCCUCCGGAUCCGCUGAGAUUUGGGGGGCAGCCGCCAUCGCGGGCGCCGCCAUUCCGUGGGGGGCGCCCUGGGCCAGGGAGGGCUGGGCUGGUGGGGGGCCCGGCGCCAUGCAGCACCCCUUGGACCUCGGCGCCGCCGCCCACUACUUCCCCGCCCCCGCCGCAGACCCCUUCGCCGCCGCCGACCCCCGCCCGCACCGUUAUCGCAGCUUCAUGAUCGAGGAGAUCCUCACCGACCACGCCGCCGCCAAGGCCUCCUCGGCCCCCGUCGCCGCCGGAGAGCUGCUCAAGUUCGGGGUCAAGGCGCUGCUCUCGGCCCGGCCCUAUCACAGCCCCCUCGCGGUCCUGAAAGCGGAGCAGGCGGCGGCGGCGGUGUUCAAGUUCCCUCUGUCGUCGGGGGCGCCGCUGGGCUGCUCGGGGCUGAGCGCGGGGGCGGCGGCGGCGGCGCUGCUGGCGGCGGGGGGCUCUGGCCCGGGCUUCCCCGGCGCGCCGGGCCCUCCGCACCUGCCCCUCGAGCUCCACCUCCGCGGGAAGCUAGAGGCCGGAGCCUGCGCCGAGGCCGGGGCCAAGGCCAAGAAGGGCCGCCGCAGCCGCACCGUCUUCACCGAGCUGCAGCUGAUGGGCCUCGAGAAGCGCUUCGAGAAGCAGAAGUACCUCUCCACGCCGGACAGGAUAGACCUGGCAGAAUCCCUGGGCCUGAGUCAACUACAAGUGAAAACCUGGUACCAAAACAGGCGAAUGAAAUGGAAGAAAAUAGUCCUUCAAGGCGGAGGGCUGGAGUCCCCCACUAAGCCCAAAGGGCGCCCCAAGAAGAACUCCAUCCCGACCAGCGAGCAGCUGACGGAGCAAGAGCGGACGAAGGAGCUGGAGCGACAGCCCGAGAGCCUCGGCUCCCCCGGCCACGUCAGCCAGGAGGAAUAGCUUCAGCCCACGCGGCAGCGCCCACGCGCGGACUCGGCGUGGGCUCCUGGGGCCUUUUGCCCGCCCGCUCUGCGCGUGAGGACUUUUGGGGACUCCCUGCCGCGAGGAGAAAGGCUUUCCACGCUUGCUCUUGGACCUUGCCAGGCGACUCGACCUCGCGUGGAUUGCCUUGGAGGACGCGGGACACGGACUCGAGGGCCGUGCAAGGCGGUCCUGUUAUUACGCAGCUGCUGAGGCGCCGAGGAGGAAGCGAGAGGAACCAGAAGGGUGGCCAAAUGGUUAGUGGGCUGCUGUCCUCCCCGUCGGUUCUGCUGCAUUUCUUCCUUCUGCGUGUUGAGCUGCCCCUCCGCAGAAGGGAGACGUGUCCCUGGGUGGGAGGGAGGGAGGUCAAGGCCUUGGGCUUCCUAGGCCUCUUUUGGCCUGGUGGGGCAGAGGAUCAGGGCGCUUGCUGCCCGCAGAGCCAGAGGGCGCGGACGGAGGGGCCUCUUCCCUGAAACUCUUUCCCACUCGGGUUGAAUUAAUAUGAAGAUAACUGAAUUUAUUUCAAUAAAAAUAUUUUAUGAACAGUU